GUGGGUUUUGGGAGUUCAGUAAAGCGCACGCUAGAGCCUCUUAAGGCUUCGAGUGCCCUCGCCUGGAGGCUGUGCCUCAUGGAUUGUGGUUAGGAGAGGAAUGUAGACCAGCCUGUGAAAAGUGUUUGGGCUUCUUUGGGUGCCUGGCUGUGCCAGUCCCGGAGGCUUGAGGCAAGGAGGAUUAAUUAUUACGGGUGCCGAAGAGAGGUGUGUGUGACGGCUGGAAGGGGAGGCUCCCUUGAGAAAACAUUGACAGGCCUCCUGCCUCCUAGCUGCCUAGAGAUUGUCACCCUUGGACACUGGAAGCUGGGACCCCAGGACUGACCAUACGCCUGGCCUUUGCUGCCCGCCUCCUUAGACUAGCUGUGCGGACUGGAAAUGAGCCAGAGGACUGAGGGCAGCCAGCAUGGAGGAAGAGCAGGGGCUGCCAGGGGCUGCCAGGGGCCUGCUGCUGAUUGGCCCUGCCCUCCAUUCUCCUAGGCAGGGUGCCAGGAAGCUGGAACUUUGUUAUCUGGGUAAUUAGCUUCAGACCCUGGACUGAGGCCGGCCAGGUCUUAGGGCUACUUCCCACAGGCUGUGUGCACCCUGACCCCAGAGGGAGGCGAGGCGCUGUGUACAGAGGCCUCCCAGCUGAGCAGCUGAGGUGUCAGAGCGGCCUGGGGAACGACGGCAGGCUCCCCCCCCACCCACCCACACCUUCCACCCCACCCCCUGCCACGCUGCCCUCCCUGCCUGGGCUCUGCCCCGUAGGGCAGCUGGGCCUGGUCAUAGUGUGGGACCUCCCAUCUCAGCCUUGUCAGGGAGAGAGGGCACCAAGUCUUGGGAAGGGGAUGCCCCCAAGGGUGCCAGUCCAGCCAGCUGCCCCACCCUUCAGGCUUGGCCUGGCCCCCCAAACCCGAAUCGUGGUGCCCCAAUCAGCCCUGUGGGCAGACAUCCACCACCAUGGCCGAGCACCUGGAGCUGCUGGCAGAGAUGCCCAUGGUAGGCAGGAUGAGCACCCAGGAGCGGCUGAAGCAUGCCCAGAAGCGACGUGCCCAGCAGGUAAAGAUGUGGGCCCAGGCUGAGAAGGAGGCCCAUGGCAAGAAGGGCCGCAGGGAACAACCCUGGAAGGAGGUGUCUGGCCUUGGGCCUCGGAAGCAGGUUCUCUUCCCUCCCAGCGUGGCGCUUCUGGAGGCGGCUGCCCGAAACGACCUGGAGGAAGUCCGCCAGUUCCUUAGUAGUGGGGUUAGCCCCAACCUGGCCAACGAGGACGGCCUGACUGCACUGCACCAGUGCUGCAUCGAUGACUUCCAAGAGAUGGCCCAGCAGCUCCUGGAGGCUGGGGCUGACGUCAAUGCUCGGGACAGUGAGGGCUGGACACCGCUGCACGCUGCAGCUACCUGCGGCCAUCUGCAUCUGGUGGAACUCCUCAUUUCACGCGGUGCAGAUCUCCUGGCAGUCAACACCGAUGGGAACAUGCCCUACGACCUGUGUGAGGAUGAACAGACACUGGAUUACCUCGAGACGGCCAUGGCCAAUCGUGGUAUCACCCAGGACAGCAUUGAGGAGGCCCGGGCAGUGCCAGAGCUGUGUAUGCUGAACGACCUCCAGAGCCUACUGCAUGCUGGGGCCAACCUCAGUGACCCUUUGGACCAUGGGGCCACUCUGCUGCACAUCGCCGCUGCUAAUGGGUUCAGUGAGGUGGCUGCCCUGCUGCUGGAGCAAGGAGCCAGCCUGAGCGCUAAGGACCAGGAUGGCUGGGAGCCUCUGCACGCUGCAGCCUACUGGGGCCAGGUGCACCUGGUAGAAUUGCUUGUGGCCCAUGGGGCUGAUCUGAAUGGAAAAUCUCUGGUGGACGAGACGCCCCUCGACGUGUGUGGUGAUGAGGAAGUGAGAGCCAAACUGCUGGAGCUGAAACACAAACAAGAUGCACUCCUGCGGGCCCAGGGCCGACAGCGCUCCCUGCUGCGCCGGCGGACCUCUAGUGCGGGCAGCCGUGGGAAGGUGGUGAGACGAGUGAGCCUAACACACCGCACCAACCUGUAUCGCAAGGAGCAUGCGCAAGAGGCCAUCGUGUGGCAGCAGUCACCACUCACCAGUCCAGAACCUCCAGAGGAUGAGGACAGGCAGACAGAUGCUGAGCUCCGGCUGCAGCCCCCAGAGGAAGACAGCUCUGAGGUGGCCAGACCACACAAUGGCCAAGCAGGGGCCCUCCCGGGGAAGCACCUGUACUCUAAGCGUCUGGACCGGAGUGUCUCCUAUCAGCUGAGUCCUGCGGAGAGCGCUGCCCCUGAAGCCCUGGUCCGGGACAAGGCACACCACACACUGGCAGAGCUUAAACGUCAGCGGGCAGCUGCGAAGCUUCAGCGACCUGGCCCGGAAGGGCCUGAGACCUUUGAACCUGGCCUGCCUGUUGACACUGAGACCUCCCAGCCCGACUGUGGCUUUAGGACAACUGGGGACCCACCCCUGCUCAAGCUCACCGCCCCCUCGGAGGAGGCUCCUGUGGAGAAGAGGCCAUGCUGUUUGCUCAUGUGAAAUGUGAUUCCUCAGUAUGGCAGGGUUCAACCCCAUGCCCAGCCAGAGGCUUCCUCAUGAUCUCUGGCCUGGUGGCCCGCUCCAGCACGUGCCCAGUGCUGUAGGGGAGCCAGCACAGAGCCUGUACCCGCUUCCAGCCCAGGACACUGGCCACCUUGCUCAGGGAUGGACUAUGCAGAGCUGUACCUGUGGGCCUCGGGCCACAGACUGCUUAUCCUGUGACUCUUGAUAAAGGCGGUUUGCCACCGAG